GCAUAUCGCGCCGCCCGCUAGGCCAGCAAGCAAGGAGCAGCGCUAGCUGCAGGCGAGCGCACCGGAGAGGGCCGAGCUAAGUGUACGUACACGGUGGUGGGGGUAUUUCCCCUUGGCAUGCUCCCCCCGUAACACUACUACCUCCGUCGAAAUUUCGUCGGUGUCGUCGCGCCGAUGUCGUGCCGCCACCGUGGACCAUUUGUGAGCGGUAGGGCGUGACGAGAGCGUCGGUUGAAGAAGCGUGUGUGUUGUGUGGUGGUGUGCCGCUGUGGUAACUCUUGCGCGACGCGAUCCUACGCGUAAGCACGGUAGACUUCGCCGAAGAUCUGACCCCUUCUUCUUCGGCGUCGCUUUACCUGCACCUCCGACACAGUAGUGUGCGACAUCUUCAACCCUUGCAAAGCGUCGAGGUGUGUUGUGCGGUGCGUCGACUCGACGGCUGGGCUACGUACUGCAAGUUCCGCGUGUUUUAUAUUUUUGUUUCGGGGCUCCUCUGACCGCUGUCAAGGAGGGGGGGUAUAUCCCCUCCUUUUGCGCGUACUUGCCUCUUUGAAUCCCCGUCUCGUCGGUGGUGUUUCUUCCCUACGGUGGCACGAUGACGAAAUGACAAGACGAGACGGAUACUGAAGCAAGUUGCCGGUGCCGCGGUACCCUGGCACGUCAAGCCGCGCCGGUUUGAGCGGAGGGGCCCGUCCAAGCGGCGGCUCUUCAGCAGUGGAAGGAUGGGUGCCUUCCUGGACAAGCCCAAGGUGGAGAAGCACACCGAGGGUGGCCAGGGCAAUGGGCUGCGCUACGCGCUGGCCAGCAUGCAGGGCUGGCGCGUCGAGAUGGAGGAUGCUCACUGCGCGAUGGUUGGGUUGCCCUGCGGCCUCGACCGCUGGAGCUUCUUUGCCGUCUUCGACGGGCAUGCGGGCGCCCGUGUCUCGGCCCACUGCGCUCAGAACCUGCUGGACGCCAUCAUCCAAACGGACGAGUUUGCCCAAACGGUGGCCCAAACGGUGGCCGCCGCCUCAGACAUCGGCGAGAUCCCCGAGGGCGGCGAAGAGCUUGCAGAGCGAGUGGCCACGGGCAUUCGUCGCGGCUUCCUCUGUCUCGAUGACCAGAUGCGCGCCCUGCCCGAGGUGGCCUCGGGAGAGGACAAGAGCGGCUCGACUGCCGUCUGCGCCCUUGUGUCGCCCAGCCACGUCUACUUCGCCAACUGCGGCGACUCGCGCGCCCUGCUGUGCCGGAACGGCCAGCCGGCCUUCACGACGCGCGACCACAAGCCCAUCAACCCCGGGGAGAAGGAGCGCAUUCAGCGGGCUGGCGGGUCCGUCAUGAUCCAGCGGGUCAACGGCUCCCUGGCGGUCUCGCGAGCCUUGGGAGACUUUGAGUACAAACAGGUGGCUGGAAGGGGCCCCUGCGAACAGUUGGUGUCGCCCGAACCCGAAGUGACGGUGCAGGCACGGGACCCGUCGUCGGAUGAGUUCCUGGUGCUCGCAUGUGACGGCAUCUGGGACGUGAUGAGCAACGAGGAGCUCUGCCAGUUUGUUCACCACCAGCUCUGCAUCUCGCACGACCUUGAAGAGCUCUGCGCUGCUGUCAUCGACAUUUGCCUCUACCGGGGGAGCAAGGACAACAUGAGCAUUGUCCUUGUGCUGUUCCCUGGUGCUCCAUCGGUGAGCGACGAGGCGCUGCAGCACGACCGCGAGCUCAAUCAGCUCAUUGAGAAAAGGAUCACAGAGAUAGUUUCAGAGGGCUCUGACGCAGAGCUGAACAACAUCAUCCAGACGCUGGCAGAGGAAGAGCUACCCGGCCUCCCACCCGGCGGAGGAAUCCUCGCCAAGAGGAGUUUCAUCGAGGAAGUGUACAGCAAGUUAAAACCCCCGUCCACAUCAUCAGAGUCGGUAAAGAGCCACUCGCACGAUUGUGAACAAGCGGAGGAAGCGGCGAGCCACUGAGUGGAAACGGAUGCUUUCGUCGUUGACGAGCGUGAAACGGAGCACCGCUAUGAAGCGCCCUCCAUCACAUUCACUUUUGUGUUUUGUUUCCCCGUGAAACUGCGGUCGCCGGUCACGGAGACCGCCUGGCGGCCAUGGCGUCCGUAACCGAACGACCGCCUGCGAAAACUGGCUGCCAGCAACAAAUCGAAGGAAAUCGGGAAAGGCGCCGGAAGAUUCGAUUGGCCGCGGACUCGUAAUCGUUGACGGCUCUUGACUGGCGGCGGCAGUGCUCGACCCUCGCGGAGUCGUCGACGGAAAAGAAAACGCCGCCUAGCCGACUGACUGACCGGUGUCGACUUGCGUAGUGUGUGCGUGUGUGUGGCAAAUGUUGACACAUCGGCUUCCCCCGUCUUUUCUUUCCCUACUUUUGCGUAGUCUACUGCCGACUGUAUUUAGGUUGUUUUUUUCUUUGCUCUUCUCUACUUUCUUUUUGGAGUGAAGAAACCUUUCGCUCGUUUUCUGCCCUUCAGGAAACGCAGAGACUGCACAUUCACUCAUCCAUUCUCACACUCACUCGAUCACCCCUUCACCAGUGACGUGUCGUCGACUAGCGCAGGUGCACUUACAAGGACAAAGAAAAAAAAUUAAGUUAAAUAGAAGAGCCAAGUUGGUUAGUCUUAGCGCGACACAUCUCGCUCCUUUUUUUCUUUGAUUUCUCUUCUAGCAUUACGACGUCGUCUAUUUGCCCCUCACGCAUCUUCCGCCCCACUGCCUUCUCGUUUACCCCCUCUUAGCGUACGCCAUCGUAAUUUUCACAUCAUCCACCCCAGUGUUGUACAAUGACCGUUGUUAACGAUUGCCAUUACAGUGAAUAUUAUUAUUAUUGUCGUCGUCGUCGGAAUCGCGAACGAGGGCCGUGGUGACUUCUUUUUUUUCCUUCCUCCCCUCAAACACUUCCUUUAUAAACGUGCAGGAGGGACGCAGAAGAAUAGUGAUGACGUGCGUGAUUUUGUGUGUGUGUUUGUUGUGUACCAGCGUGCAUGUGCUGCACGUAAUUGGUAACGGAAGUGCAAACCAAACGUCGGGGCUGAAACCUGUCUUUCCCGUUUUAGCGUGUGUGUGUAUUUUUUAAAGCUUUCGUUGAGCAGUGAUUUUUAUGCCUUCCCCACCUUUUUUCCUUCGUGUUGAUGUUGCCUCUCCUCCUCUUCUCCCUCCCCCCUCUUUUUUUCAUCCUUAUAAUUUCGACGUUGUUAGGUUUUUCUCAGCGUUGACGGGUAUUUCGCCACGGCUCGGCAAGAGACAAGCACAAGGACAAUAAUAAAAGAAUAAAAAACUCGAAA